AUGUCGAGCUUCCUGCACCACCAUCACAAAGACUUAGAAAAGCCUUCUGAGCAGUCCCCCCAGCGUGACUCGCAGGUAGACGAUAAAGCCAACAACAACGCCCACCAUCACCACCACCUCUUCGGCCACCACAAGGAUGGCGAAGAAAAGACUCACCACCGCCCCAGCCAGGCAGAAAUCGAUAACGCUGAAUUUGCUGCUGCGAAACACUAUGACCACGCUCUGAAAUCUAGUCAUGGUCCAGGUGUCGGCUUCGAGGGAGGCCGCCAGGGUUAG